ACAUCAACAAUGGCAACAUCAAGUCCAAAGAAAUCUUCAUCAAACGCUGCCCGGCCACCUCAGGCAGUAAAAUUUUCCCGCCGGACAUCAAGUGGUCGAGUUGUGAGCUUGUCCAGGGAUGAUGACAUAGACAUCUCCGGUGACCUAUCAAACCAAAAUGACUAUAUCAAUUACACUGUUCUUAUGCCGCCGACACCUGAUAACCAACCAGGGUCAGGGCCCUCUUCUGACUCCAAACCUGACGGGCAACAAGGCACAUACGGGGCAUCUCGGUUCGCCUCAGACUCACAGCCGAUAAGUAGUGGAGUAGAGGAGGAGGGUGGAGGGAGCGGGCCUGCAAUGGGGGCGAAACUAGAUAGAAGGGUGUCGAUAAUGAAUUCAGCAAAUAAUAGGUCCAUGUUGUUGAGGAGCCAGACAGGGGAUUUUGAUCAUAAUCGUUGGUUGUUUGAGUCGAAAGCAAGGUAUGGGAUAGGAAAUGCGUUUUGGCAAGAGGAUGAUGAGAAUCAAUAUGGAACGGAUGGUGGAGUGACAAUGUCGGAUUUUAUGGACAAGCCAUGGAAGCCACUCACUAGAAAGGUUAAGGUUCCGCCUGGAAUUCUUAGCCCUUACAGGUUGUUAAUAGUGAUCCGUCUUGUAGCUCUAUUUCUUUUCCUUGCAUGGCGUUGGCAAAACCCAAAUCCUGAUGCGAUCUGGCUCUGGGUACUUUCCACGGUUUGUGAGUGUUGGUUUGCCUUUUCUUGGCUCCUAGACAUCCUUCCCAAGCUCAAUCCCAUCAACCGAGCCACGGACCUUGCUGCCCUCCGUGACAAGUUCGAGCAGGCUUCACCGUCCAACCCAACUGGCCGCUCCGACCUUCCCGGCGUCGACGUUUUUGUCUCUACCGCUGAUCCUGAAAAGGAACCUCCUCUUGUCACUGCCAACACCAUUUUAUCCAUCUUGGCUGCUGACUAUCCUGUGGAAAAACUGGCCUGCUAUAUUUCAGAUGAUGGUGGUGCCAUACUCACAUUUGAGGCCAUGGCCGAGGCAGUUCGUUUUGCUGAGGUGUGGGUGCCAUUUUGCCGAAAACAUGCCAUAGAGCCAAGGAAUCCAGACAGCUACUUCAGCUUGAAAACUGAUCCAACAAAGAAUAAGAAACGGCCUGAUUUCGUGAAGGACCGCCGAUGGAUCAAGAGAGAGUACGAUGAGUUCAAGGUGAGGAUCAAUGGUCUCCCUGAGUCCAUCCGUAAAAGGAGUGAAAUGCACAACUCCAAGGAGGCAAUGAAGGAGAAAAGACUUGCCAAGGAGAAGAAUGGCGGCUCGCUGCCACCAGAUUUCAAGGUCGAAAAGGCCACCUGGAUGGCCGAUGGAACCCACUGGCCUGGCACAUGGCACAAUCCAACUGCUGACCAUUCCAAGGGGGACCACGCUGGAAUCUUGCAGGUGAUGAGUAAAGUCCCAGAAAGUGACCAGGUGUUGGGUCAGGCAGAUGAGAGAAAGUUAGACUUCACCGGGGUAGACAUCAGGAUACCAAUGUUCUCGUACGCAUGUGUUAGCUUCCAGAUAGAAGGGAUGCAGAGUUAUGCUGCUGGAUGA